CCUCCCACCCCACCCCUCUUCUUCUUUCUCCUCGUCCCCUCCCUCCCUGGUUUCCGUCCCCCUCCUGCCGCCAUGUCCUCUGCCAUUUCGGCCUUCGAGCCGGUGCGGGCCCUGUCGACCCCGCCGCCCCUCUGCCGGUUCCACAUCCCCCUGCCAAGUCCGAUGCUCGUGCCGAAGGGUCUAAUGCGGACCCUGCAAGACCCAGCCAGCUGGGAGACCUUCAUGGAACGGCGCGCCUGCCUGGUGGAGCACAUCGCUGCGCAUCGGCGCACCGGGGCGCACACCCGCGCGCCCGGGCAACACAGCUAUGACACGCUGAUCAGCGUGCUGCAGGAGUACGAGCCGGAUGCCGCCGGGCUGGGGAUUGCCCUGCGGAAAAUGCGCCAAUCCGGCGACCUGCCCAAGAUCGACAUCGCCUGGACGUGCUCCCUGACGACGGUCUUCGAUAAGCCGGCCCCCAGCCCGCCGGACAACUCGUAUCUCGAUCACUACAUGGUUCUCAGUUGUCUGGCGUACGCUCAUAUGAACGCCGCUGCCCAGGUGACCCAGCGCUCCGAGGGCAUCACCGAGCAUCUGGUCAAGGCGUGCCACUUGCUCGCGGUGGCCGCCGGCAUCUGGCGCCACCUCGACGGCAUGCUGAUGGUGGCACAAACGCCCGUCCGGCGAACGGCCGCCUCGGUCUACAUGAAGGCCACCGGCCUGCCGGCCCCGGAGUCGGUGCUGGUGCACUCCUUCGCCAAUCCGGUUGAUGCGGGCGGCCCGACGUCCCUGAUGACCUCGAGCACCAUGCGCUCUGGCGACUCCAAGGCCUCGGCCCAGCGCCUGGCCCCGCUGGAGGCCGACUCGCCCUAUGUCGCGCGCGGCAUGGCGGCCCUGUGCGACGCCCAGUCCUCCGAGCUGAUCGCCUAUGUGGCCUACUCCCGGCGGAACAUCAAGCUCGAGAACAUCGCCAAGCUGGCCAAGGCGGCGGCCGAUCACUACUCGGCUGCAGGCGUGCACUUCUCGCGCCUGGCUAAUGACUCGUCGCUGUUCUCGCAUGAGCGAAACUUCCUCCGCCGAUACAUGCUGGCCUUCAUCACGAUCAAGUACAAUCUGAACAGCGCCCUGACCGCACGCCUGCUGGCCGAAGUCUCAUACAAGGUCAACAUUGGCCUGUCGGUCGGAUAUCUACAAGUGGUGAACUCCUUUGCCAAGAAGGCUGCCGAGUCGCAAAAGGGCUCGGAUAUCCUGAAUGUCAGCCCCAUCCCGGCCAACGAUCUCUUCCUCAGCGGGCUGGACCUGUACAUCCGGAGCGAGCUGUCCACGGCCUCGUCACUACUUGCCUCCCUCAAGCGCGAGAACGAGUUGGUUUACAUGGUGGAGGUCCCCUCGGAGGAGGAUCUCCCCUCCACUGAGGGCACAUCGAUUGUCAAGACGGUGAACUUCGUCCCGACCGCGCCGCGCCCGUUCCCCGUGGAGACCAUCAACUCCGGUGAUGGGUGUUCGGUGAUGUAGAUGCGCUUGCGCUUGUUCGUCCUACUCCCCUUCCUCUUCCUCCGCCUCCCACACCCUCCUCUCCCUCCUGCGGUGAUCUCUGUCGUCUGAGCUUGGGCUCGCCCCCCCUCUUCUCCCCCAGGCGAGGAGGAGCCAGGAGCGGGGGGUCGGGUCCCUUCCACGAGCCGGUACACCUUCCUCAGGGAUAGAAUAGUGAUCAGACAUGUGUGUGUGUGUGUGUGUGUG